GCCAGCAGUUCCCCAUCUGGUGGUUGCAUUCGGUAUUGCAGCACAGCUCCUCCUCCGCUCCCUGACGUUAGCUGGCAGCCGGAGAUUGUGCAAGAUGGCGAGCAGAGCCAUGGCCGUGGCUUUGAGUAGGGCGAGCAGGAUCCAGGCCUGCGGGCCGGGCUUAAUGCGGGUCAGGGGCCUGGCCACAACUAGUAAGAAAGACAAAGAAGACAGCUGGCUGCGAUCCCUCUUUGUGCGUAAAGUAGACCCUCGUAAAGAUGCUCACUCAAACCUGUUGGCUAAGAGAGAGACUAGCAACCUCUACAAAAUACAAUUUCAUAAUGUAAAGCCGGAAUAUCUCGACGCUUACAACAAGGUCUGCGAAGAGAUACUGCCAAAGAUCCAUGCAGGAGAGGAUUACCCCUGUACACUUGUGGGAAGCUGGAACACGUGGUAUGGAGAACAGGAUCAGGCAGUUCAUUUGUGGCGGUAUGAGGGAGGAUAUCCAGCACUGACAGAAGUAAUGAGUAAACUUAGGAAAAACAAGGAGUUCACUGAAUUUCGCAAAGAACGGAGCAACAUGUUGCUCUCCCGUAAAAAUCAGCUUCUGCUGGAAUUCAGCUUCUGGAAUGAACCUGUCCCAAGAAAAGGGCCCAAUAUUUAUGAGCUGAGGUCCUACCAGCUGAGGCCUGGAACCAUGAUUGAAUGGGGGAACCACUGGGCUCGUGCCAUUAGGUAUCGGCAGGACAGCGGUGAGGCUGUGGCUGGCUUUUUCUCACAGAUUGGACAGUUGUACAUGGUCCAUCAUUUGUGGGCUUACACUGACUUGCAGAGCAGGGAUGACAUUAGAAGUUCUGCAUGGCAGAAAGAUGGCUGGGAUGAAUGUGUCUACUAUACAGUUCCCCUCAUACAGGAGAUGGAGUCCAGAAUUAUGAUCCCACUGAAGAGUUCUCCUCUCCAGUAAAUGCUCUCUGUGUCUUACUUGUGCCUCACCUGAAAAAGUGGCAAGCUUUCUGUGGAUUACUUUGAAGAUGUAUGAUGAACACUUUCAACUCCCAAGACAGAAGAGAUCCAGGGAGUCACUAGUGUAAUAUAUAAUUCUAUAGGUGUUAAUAAUUAAAACUGGCCAGUUCCCAGCUAAUUUGUAAGCUCCCUAAGAACAUUGAUAUAGUAAUAACCACUCAAAAGAUGAAUGCCUGCUACUGGUUGCAUAACACUAUUCGCUCUGGUUCCAGUACGACUUUCCUCUGUAAUAGAAACCUUUUGCAAUUGCUGUUUCAGGGCCUACAAUGAGUAGCAAGAAAUCUAGCAUAUAGUCACUUGGUCAUGAGGUUUUGUAAAAUGAGUUAUUUCCUAUAUUUUGUCAUUCUAAAAGCUGUGCGCAUUUGCAUGCCUGUUCUACUGAGAGCCGCAAAACAUGCUACUUUAGGUUUCCAAGUAGUCCAUAAAUCAUGGUAAAAAAAAAAGGUGAUUACACGCUAAAAACUUUAAUUACAUUUCUUUUUGCAACAAGCAAUGCAGUUAAUGGUUUUUAUAUAAUGUGCCCCAACUUAAUGACUGGUUUCUGUGUACUUUCUGUUCUUCUACAAUUAUACAGCUAAUUAACCUGGUCUAAUUCUGGGAAUGGACAAUGUUAGUAGUAGAUCAGCCCCCAAAUAUCUAAGUAGCUCAUUACUUUACUCUGACUAUACAGCAUACUUGGCCCAUAGUUGAUAUUUAUUUUGUUAUGAACUCUUAAAAUACUUUUUGUAACAUUUAUCAUGGAACAUCUUAAAUUAUACUUUAGCCCAUAACCUUGCAAGUCUGUUACUAUAAUGUUCCAGUUAAUCUGUUAUAUUAAAAAACAAAAACAAUGUUUUUGCCAUUUUCAAAUGAGUUAGAGUAUUACUGGAGAAAAGUUACAAACCCAUAUUGAUUUUUUUUUUUUUCAGUCUGAUCUAAUUUGUGUAAAGGUCAUGCUUCACUUUCCGAAAACUAUUUAGUAUUGUUACUCAAUAAAUUCUAGCCUAUGUCAAACGUUUGCUGCAGAAAUAUAACAAAAUUCCAUAAAACAGCCAUUUUCCCAUCAACUGUAUACUGCAUAUGUGUUUGCCAGGCCAAGCUUGUUGUUUUUCACUAUGGAAUAUUACUGUAUACUGUCAUCAUGGAAAGAUACCAUGGAAAAUGUUGUCCCUGUAUAUGUAAUUUGAAACAGAUUCUCUAAAAUAAGUUUCUACAAUGUUACAAUACGAUAAGUCAUCAUGUGAAUAAAUAUGAUAACUGGUUACAGUGGUAAUAAAUAAUUUUAUUUUA